AUGGUCUUCCUUCCAGAUUCUCUACCGCAAGUCCGGACCUUGAGGGGCCCUCCCGUUCCAAGCGAUCACAUCGCUUACGAAAGAUGUGAGGAAGGAGGAAAUCAAACAGUGUUCAUAGAGUCGUUUCAUGAGUUGCAACACAUGAGGCGCGAUCCUUCAUGUGCUGAGAAGAAACCGGUGAAAAUCUAUCUCGAUAUGCUAUCUUCGCCGUUUGACGCUGAAAAUGAACAAAUGAAUGAUUCUAUAAGGGCCGCUAUCCGUCGCUCUGGAUACCAGGAUAGAAGGCGAGCUUCUUCAAGGUGCGUGAGCUGCGUGCAGACCUUAUUUCCUACUCCUACUCCGCUUCUCAUUUAA